AUGACAAGCCACAACCACUUCUACAAGAUCUUGGACAACGCCCCACGAGAGCCACUCCCUGAGACUCUUCCUCUCUCGGAGCUUGACAAGAAAGAUGGCUUCAUCCACCUAAGCACCGCAAACCAGAUCAAGGAGACGGCCAACCUCUUCUUCUCCAAGACCGAGAAGCUAUGGCUCCUCAAACUUCGCGUGGAGACUCUCAAGAAGGAUGGAAACAUUGAGUGGAAUUCGGACAUCCCAGGCUGUCCCCAUCUUCACGAUAGCCAACAAGGGCUGGGAAAGUCGAACGUUGAAGCCAUCAUUGUCGCGGAGAAGGGCAAUCAUGGUUCAUGGAAGGAGGUACCAGAGCUGCUUAAUCUCGAAGACUAG